AUGUCCAUCCGCGUCCUUCACUGUCACAUUACAUGGCGCUAUUGGCUAUGGAGGACCCGGGAAGGGGAGGAAAUUCAGUAUGAUCAUACUGUUGGUGAGGAACCCAAAAAAUCCAGUUCAAACCGGAGCGAUGCUGAAUUACCUUGCCGAGUACACGCAUUUUUUGAAGGGGUUGAAUGGUUCAUUUAUAACCGAACGCCGUCCUAUAACGUUAUAAUCGAAAAACUCGGCGUUCCAGAUGUCCUGGCUCCUCCGGACGUCGAGGGAACCACAGAGGAGACACCACAUCCAGUCCUUGCGACAACAUAUCCUCCAACUCCUUCGUCCUCGUCUCAAAAAUCCGUAGUUGACGAGAAUCAAGGGAUUUGGAACAAGCUAAGAACUGCGGUUUGGCGUGUUCGAAUGCCUGAAAUCGACUUCAACGAGAUUCUUCCAGUGGGGUUAGAGUUUCGCAAAGGCGCCCUGGUCGUAGGAAAUGAUUCAACCCCGUCGAUUCUGAUAAUGGACAUUGCUGGGGGCACUGGAUCUUAUGGAGUAUCACAGUCCCGGUCAAAGUAUGACGAGUAUAAGCAGAUGUACGACAUCCAGCUUGGACAAGUGAAACUCAUCACUCGGACUAAUCCCGACUACCGAAAGAGAAUGGUAGAUCGAGGGAAUGAAGUCGUCGAACACAUUGGUGAUUCGUCGAACAACUUGCCGCCUGGGUCCCUUUCGUUCGAGACGUUUCGCCAAAUUAUACACCGCUUGAGUCUUCCUUUUUCUGCCCCUGCGACACCAUAUCUUUCUGGUGCGGCGCCAUUCCCAAAGAAGUGGGGAGGUCUUGCACGUUAUCACCACACCAACAACGAUAGCAGCGAAAAGACUGGCAUUCUGCACGAACCAGAAUACGCCAAGGUGACAUGCCUGUUAGAGACCCCAGCGCUGAACAUUAUCUACUAUGGAGACGUCGCCGGCAAGGUGCCUCAUCAUGCCAAGACAAUGCCUACGGAACCCGUCGAUAUAGGUAAUGGUGAUGAAGCACCAGAGUGGGGUAUUGAGGUGGAGUUACAUGGGGGCCCAAGCACAAUUACAUAUGGCCCUUGGGCUGACCGUCAACGUGUGCAUUGGCAACAAAUGCUCGCACCGUCUACGUACCAGAAUACCCAGCCAACUCCCAAACUUAAAACCGGGGACCUCAGGCAGUCCGUUUCAUUGCGCGUAUCAAUUCGAUUUCGGGACGAAGUCAAGUUCCGUAUUCCGACACGUGAACCUUCCAAGGCAAGUAGUUUGUUAGACUGGCGAUAUGAUGGUCAGGGUGACCUUGAUAUCCAAAGGCGGAGACAUCGACGCUAUGGAUGGCUCGAUUUGCGAAUUGAAGCUGAAUCGUUUAUUAAGUACACACUGCCUAUGGUGGCAUCGUGUGACGGCUAUACUGCUAUCGAAGCUAACCUUAAGACGGUUGCUGCUUCUUCGAGCGUGAAUCAAGUUGAGUUCUUACGUGCCGAUCGAUGCACCAUACGAGCUACCAUGCCGACUCCCCAUAAAUGGAAUGCCGAAAGAAAGUGGGAUGUUCAAGUAGGACUAGUCAAGCCAAGUAUCAAGUUACUCCGGGACCACAUCAACCUUGUUUCAGAUAUAGUUAAAGACUGGACGAGCAUUCCACUUCCGCCCAAUUCUAUGGAAGAUGUAAAGCGACUGGCCACCGAAGAGUAUAACCGUUUCGUCCCAAUUACCUACUCAUUGGGAGUGGCCUUGGAAAGCUAUCGCCUGGAUCUGUAUGCGAACGAUCACAAUAUUGUAGAUUGGCCGCUUUCUCACGUGGACAAUUCAUUUCUGACCCUUACUGGCCACAACUUGAGCACCAACGUAUUGAUUUUAUCCAACGAAUUCCGCCCAGAGUUUUCGGCAACGCCUUUUGAGGUUAUUGCACCCAAUUUAGAUCUGACUCUUUCUAUGCCCAAAUGGAAUACACACAGCGCAUUCAGUACCCCUCGCACAUCGAAUAUUGGACAUGUGAAGUCGUUGUCUGUAUCAGGUUCCUAUACAUCGUAUGCGGAUAUCCGAGCGGAUGCGGUGGAUCGAUUGAGAAUGGAUAUCGAGGCAUUUGGCUGGGCAAUUCGGCAUCUAAUGGUAGUCAAGGAAAACUAUUUUGGAAUGUUCACCAACUUUACGAUGCGAAAUGAAUUCUUUACCAAAUUGCACAGUCAGAACCUGGGUGAUCCAGUUCGCGAGAAGUAUAGGGAAGGCCAGACGAAUCCGUUUGAAAUUGACAUGGGUCUUGUGGUAUCAGACAGUCUGUUGGUACUGCCACAGGAGGUGUUUGACUGUCAGGGCGCUACCUUGGUGCGACUUCCAGAGUUACAAGUUAUUUUGCGCUCGCAUGAACAUGCUAUGGAAAUGUCGCUGAAUGUUGCCCCAUUCUUACUCUCUGUUACGGAAACCGCCCCGGUUACUUUUAACCAUGAGGAUAAUCAAACAAACCCCAAGGACUGUUUGAAGGUCGAAGGUAUCGAUAUCACGGCGAACCGCCUUUUCGGUCCUCAGCCGGAAGUCGCGACGUACUUGUGCAUCUGGGAAAUACUACUAGGAGAAAUCAGCGGUCGGCUCUCGGUGUCUUCAUUAGUGGGAAUUCUUGCAUCUGCUCGUGCCUUUCGAAUCAAUUUCGCGGACGAUUUCAACUCUCCAUCAAGUGAUUUUGCGCCUCCUCCACUACCUGACGUUACCUUUUUGCGAGUCACAUGCCCCUUGAUAGAUGUGACAAUUGGAUUGGGGACCACUAUUGAUCACAUACUACCUCGUCCGCAAGAAGCCUAUGAAGACUCGUUAUUGCACUUUUCGAUAUCAAAGGGAUUCUCCAUCCGGUUGACGGAUCGGCCUCACCCUUCAUACGCAUCUUGUAUGCGCUUUGAUCUACCUAAUAUCAGCUUUCGAAUCCUUCAACGAGUUACUGGCUUCCACCAAACUUGGUUCGAGCUUGCCAGCAUAUCUGCCGAUAUAUCCGGGGAACAAGCAAGCGCGCCAUUGGGAUGGAAGGAGCACACGCAAGAACAGCUAAACUUCCUUAGGAUGCAAGAUGCUACAACUCAUCGAGUAGGGUUUCUGUAUGGGUCUAACCUUCCCGUUAGCGAAGUACCUCGACAUGGAGGUUUGACGUAUUUGACUCCUCUCAAAGUUCCUUUUGGAUUUGGAGAACACAAAAUUCGGCCUAACUCAACUGCAGAAUCAGGUUUUGAGGGGAAGGAAUAUGCCGAUUCGUUCCGCUCAGAACAGGACGAGGUCAUGACUGAGGCUUCCCGUGAUGCUAGGGUCGCGAAAUCGAGGCCAGUAACCCCACAGGUUGUAAUCGGGAAAUCUGGUUUGAUGUUUAAGGGUCGUAAUCCUACCUUGGACGGCGAGAUAUCUUCAGGAGACGAGUCUGACAACGAUCCUUCGGAGUACGAGCCAAGUGUGACAAGUAGUGUAGUAGCAUUUGGAGAGGAUGAAAUUAGUGUGCAAUCGCCGCAGUGGCCAUUUGUUGAUCAUUACCGUCAAGCGCUUCGCCGUUACAGGCCCGUAUACAGCGGAUAUAACGCAGAAUACGAAACAUUUUGCCUGAAACAUGCAACAGCUAGGAAAGAUGCUCAGGAUAACGAAGACACUUCAUCACUCAAGAUUACAGUUCAGCACGGCUUGAAUGUUAUGGUUACUCCAACUUGUAUACCGUUCACAUGUCAGUUGAUUACGGAGUUCAAUACCCGAUCUUCCACACUAGACUUGCUUGUUGAUUCGAUAUUGGACGAUUUCCUGGAUAUCCCUGUUUCCAACCACAAUGGCACUGCAAAUCGUCUGUCGGUAGAAAUCGAUAUUCCGCUGACAAGGAUAAUGUUUCUUCAGAGCCUCAUGUCUUCAACGGAAGCUGAUGCACUCUCCACUGGCGUACGCAGACACACCGCAUUACCUAUUCAUGUUGAUGCGCGAGUUCUGGCACUCUUCGAUAUCGAAGUACAACAGGCAGCUUGUCGAUUGGAAACACUUAGUAGCAUCGAUCACCAGACAACCAUCUGCGUGAAGGCUAGCUCGAUCGACUCUCGACUUCGAAAGUUAGUCAGUAAGCCAUUUGCGCACUCGGGCUACGAACUGGAGCCUUCGACUGAUAAGUUGCGGCUGAAAUUCGCUGGAGCUGGCCUCGAUCUAUCACUCAGUGAUAAGUCACCAGAGAUCUUAAUCACCGCACUGGAGGCAUCAAACCAUAGCAUCGGACGCGUUACUUCUUUCAUGGAGUCUGCUUCGGAACUUUCUUCUCGUCGCCGUCGUUAUCUCGUUUGGGCAACUAUGAAUCUACUACAGGGACAAACUGUUACAGCGGACCCAUUUGCAACGAACCUACCGUCCUUCUUAGUUCAGACUGGUCGUCCCGGGCGACUUCGGUCGGAUCCUUCUUGGAAGAUUUUGACUAUACUUCAUCAAUGCAUGCGUCAAAUGGGACCGGAUAAAAGAAGGGAGUUACAAUCCAACGUACUCGCGCCAAAUCUUGAGUUACCAAUGAAAGAGCUCACAGAGCUUUCGCCGCUCACGCAGAAACGAUGGGCCGAGCUAUACGGACAGGACGAGCAGGGAUCCCAUAAGGUCCCUGCGAUCCUACAAAAAUUGUUCCCUUCAAAAUCCGAGAAUCAUUCCCCACUCCUAUUCCGUGGAACACUCGCUCUUAGCUCCCGACACACCAAGUUUGUUCUUCAAAGCCGGGAAGGGGACUAUAACGAAAUGAAACUUGGUGACUUCAACCUUCACCUGCGGUGCUCAACGGCGAAUUACUUGCCACAGCAUCUCCCUGAAUCUAUUGUUGCGGAUACGGAAAAUUCUGUUUGUGCAGCGUCAGAUGACUGCAUUGGGAAUCGACCACAAAAACCGGUGCAAUCCAACAAGCCUUUUACUAUUCCGUUCCGGCACGUUGUACUGGAAUUGGCGCUUUCCGCCUCAUCGCUUGCCUUUGCUGCUCCAGCCCAACAAAUUACCUUUGAGGCUCAAACAUCAGGUUGCACUACGAGCAUCUCUUCUGUCAUUACCUUACCCGAAGCUCCGUCACCUCCUCGCGGAUCACUUUCUGUUAGUUUCACCGCAGAUGCCAUCUUACUCCAGGCGAACCAAUGGAAAACCAAUAAGGCUAGUAAAUCUCUGCUGGCAGGCAUCGAGCUGCGUCAUGUUGUAAUUCAUGGAGCCGCCAACGAAGACACAGGAUCGUCAACUCAUGCUAGAGUUCUACUAUCUUUAGAUCAGUUCAAAAUCAACGUUCCCCGUAGCGUGCUUCAGCUGUACCGAUUCAUCGAUAGUUGGCGAACGGAAUAUCUUCCAGCGUACGACUCUAUGAUCCAAGAUCUAUUAUUGGAACUGGACUACAACCCCCGCCCUAGGAACCCCUCGCCCUACAGUCCCGCUUUGUUUUCAGGCGACCUGAAAAUAAUCGUCCUGCACUCUGUUACCUUCUUGGACUUGAAGGGUACACAGGAGACUGAAUUUGGUCAUCGAAUUGGCUCGCAGGUUAUUCAACUCAUAAACGGACAACCCAACAUCGGCAGACCAACGCCUAACACAAACUCUGUAUCCUUGGAGCUCCCCUCUCUUAGACUCGAAGGGAAAUAUCCUCAGUUAGACAUUCGUAUGCAUGUGGACCGUUUCUCGGUCACUCUCAAACCGCAAUAUUUCGAUGACUUCUUGGCUGUACAACAGAAGUUCGGGAGUGAUUUUAAUGAGCUGGUUGACCUUGCAAUUGAGUUCAAAACUCAACGUGGUACUCCACUUACGGAGCCUUCAGAGACUAUCCCAACCAUGUUCGCAAAGUUCGAUGUGUCAUUCACGUUCGACGGGUUCCGCAUUGGAAUUGAAGGACCUUCUUCCACUCAGUAUUUGGAUUCUUCAACCAUCAAGGGUCAAGUUCACAGCGGCACACAAAAACGAUGGAGCUUCGGAGUGGAGAGUUUGGCACUAUCCUUGGCUCACCAGUCUGCUCCUCGCCGAGCCCGCACAAACUUCGAUAGAAAGUAUCGGUCUGCUUACAUGGUCUUUGAUAUGUCAGCCCAUAAUAUUGAACAUUUGGAUUCGUCUCAAGAGAACCACUUGGGUAUUACAAUCAAUUUUGUACAUGCUGUUAUGCAACCAGCAGCGAUCGCUGAAUUAGGAGAUCUGAUCGAUCAUAUUCAGGCGGAAAUGUUGUCCAGGCAGGAGCAACGUGCAGCCGAGCUUGAGGAAAUCCGUCGUAAGACACGACAGGUGAUGCGAACUUUAGAGCACAACGACCAUCCGCAUUCAAUCCGGGAGACCAAGACCUUCCUAGAUAACCGAAAGAUCGAGUUUACUGUCAAAGACACCGGCAUUGUCUUCCCCUUGACUCUACAAGAUGACCUCAUGCUGCCGCAGAUGGGCUCUUCUAUUAUAUCCCCUUUUAGUCCUUCCUCAGUGCCCGCACUCCUGAUUUCUCUUAGUUCUGUUUCAUUCGUGACGCAGCGGUACGAAACCGGACAAGCCAAAAUACAAGAAUUUUCAUUCCAAUUCGUCCCCGGAUUCGAUCAGAGUCAGCCUGGUCACUUCAACGGAAGUACCCAUGACACACGCAACCGCAUGAUAUAUCCUUCGAUGGAGGCCGAAGUGCGCUCGACCUCUACCCCCACCACACGGCAAGUUCGGAUUCGAGCCAUCGUUAGUGGAUUCGAGCUUGAUAUUGAGCCAUCAAUCGUCAAUUAUGUGUUUUCCAUCGUGGACGUUUAUCGGCAAGGAAGGGAUCGCAUAUCUAGGUUGGCGACUUACACGACAAGAUCCGAUGCAGCGUCCUCUAUUACCCAGUUGGCUCCUGCAGUACCUUCCAAUGCACAGUACUCGGCUGUGUUAACUACCAAUAUCAAAGCUUCGUUUGAAUUCAAAAGCGGGCGAAUUCGAUCGCAUACACCUAGCGUACGGGCGAGUGACCCCGAACGGACUCAAUCCGUUCCUACGCUUUCACCUCAAACUGAAAUCUUUGAACAUGGGACCGACAUUCUUGACCUUCCUAUGGUUUCGGCCUGGUUAGAAUACAAAGCAACACCUGCAUCUCAGAAAGUGAUGGGCUCCACAACCCCGAAUCAAUCCAUACUGGUUUGCGAUACGACUAUUCAUCCCAUCUCAAAUGUUCUCAAACCUAGCCUUUGCCUUUCCUUACUGACGUUUCCAAGCGUGUACAAGAACGUUUGGCACAUGCACCCACACCUCCUCGGUCUCCCGGCGCCACUCCUUUCUCCGAUCUAUCAACAAUCCAUGAAGGGUUUGAAUAUCAACAAGUCGACUCUGGAACUGACUUGCCAACCUGAUGUUAAUGUCGUUGCUGGAUUGAACUGGGAAAGCGGUGGCUUUGUUGUCACUAUCUCACCAGGGGCACGGGAAGUGGCUGUAGUCGGAACGAUGACUUCCCUCACAGCUGGAAUUCAGCACGGCUAUCUUAACGAAGACUCCAUUUCCGCUAAGGCGCAGAAUCUUACAUUUUCGGUGGACUUCCGCAAACUCAAAAGUGACGAAGACGCGACCACAAAUUCUGUUUCGGUUGUUAUCAAUACAGAGAUAGCUGCGAAGAUGCGAUUCUCUCGUCUCCAGGAUUUACUCUGUUUCAAGGCUGUCUGGCUCGACCGCAUCCCAGUGUUCGACUCUCUGGUACGCCCGCCACCUGUACACUCGUCCGUGAGCGUGAUCAAGGCCGAGCUCCCUGGCAGUAACUAUGUUCCCCUGACGCAACCUUUCCAAACACUGGUUCUCGUAAACGUCGAUAAGGUCAACAUCAUGGCGGACCUGGGGCCCACCAUUGCUCAAGUUACCUUGGAUAUAGAAUCACUCACAUUCAGAACAAGGCUGUGUGAAGAUGUUUCUGAGGCCACCCUCACCAUGGCCAAACUGGAUCUCUUAUCCGAACGUGCGGUUAUGGGCUACGUUCAUAUGCCAGACUUUGUAUUCCAAACUGUGCGCCGUAGGCACGGAAAACUUUCUCAUGAUAUUGAUGGUCAUGCAAAAAUGCUGGAGCUCACGCUCAAGAGUGGAGAUAUUGAAGCUGCAAUGGAGUACGAACGUCAGCAUUUAAUGCAUUUCCAUGCGGACCCGUUGCAUGUGACUAUUUUCGAUGAUUGGUCGAAGGUUGACUCAAACAUACCAGUUCAAGACCGAGAGGUGCUGUUGGAGUUUGGUAUUCAAGCGGGAGAAAUUCUUGCGUACUCCUCGACUUCAACUAUUCCGAAGAUGAUAUCCCUAGGAGGGAAACUCGCAGCGCUCAUUAAAGCACAGAAGCUAGGGGCAGCCCGUGAAUCAAAUGCUUUCCGUACUAGCCAAAUGCCCAAGCCCGACACUGCGCUCUCUGAGGUUGCCGCAGCCAUGUUGCAGUCUGCCCGAUCGAAGUUUAGGGAGACCGAAACAUUCCAAUUUGCUGUUAUCCAGAGGCUAAAGCUCAGUAUCAAGACACUGAAAUUGGCCGUACCUCCAGUGACCCAGCAACGCGCCGAAACGGCACUUUUUACUGCGAGACAAGUCGAAGGAGAACUCCAUCGAACAAUCCGACCUCAUGAACCACCUCGACGCAAGCUGUUACUUGAACUAGGGGCAUUUAGCAUUCGAGGGAUGCAUUCCCGUACGACGGACAAUAAAAUUUGCUACGACUUCGCUAUCAAUCUUACACAUCAUCCUGUCGGAGACAAGGGCAUUUAUGUGGCGUUGAGUUUUGCCUCUUGGAAUUGGCUCUUGGGUAUUAAACGAAAGUUCGAGACCGACCUCGAGACAGCCUUUGCGGAAGUAGCGCAACUAACCAAGGACACAACCCCAAGACACCGACGCAGAACUGUUGACACUGAUCCCGGUGGCAGGAGCACAGAUGAUGAUGCUGGAACACGCACUGCAUAUCACAGCCCAGCUCUGACCCUCGUUCUCAGACCCCUCCACCUUCGUCAGCACCUACAUCGCCACAUGGGGCAAGCAUCCCCACUCCUCAAUCUUCCACGAAUGUCAUAUCCGUUCAGCCGAUUAGCGGGUCUCGGGUCUAGACUGAUUUUCGGGAGCAAAUUUAGGACUAAAGUUGAGAUAGACACAUCGGACCUAAACAUUUGCCUGGCGACCAUGUCGCUUUACAUUUGUGUAUAUGGUCAGUACGAGCUCUUUUUUAUCUGGGGAGAAGCGAUGCCUACGCCGGCCCUAGGUCUCGUGUCUUAUGUUGUCAAACAUAGGCUCUACCUAUCAGAGCCACUAAUCGCAUCGUUGUUUGGAAUCAUCGUAGGGCCAGCAGUCCUGGGAUGGGUUGAUCCCAAUUUAUGGAAGCCCGAAGAAGAUAGAAUGAUGGGCUACAAGGAUAGUUUGACUCUAGCUCUAACCCGAAUUACUAUCGGAAUCCAAGUGUUCUUCGCUGGUGUGGCUCUUCCCAAAAAAUACCUUAAAUCACAGUUUCAAAGCCUCGUGAUGCUUUUGCUACCAAUUAUGGCCAUUGCAUGGAUAGUGUGCGGGUUCUUGAUUUAUGAGCUUAUUCCAGGGUUGACAUUUCUGGAAGCACUGAUCAUAUCUGCGUGUAUCACUCCUACGGAUCCUAUCCUUGCGAACGCUAUUACCAAAGGAAGGUAUGCAGAGCAGAGCGUGUCGUCAGCUGUUCGUAACAUCAUCGUCGCUGAAUCUGGAGCAAAUGACGGAUUGGGAUAUCCAUUUAUAUUUUUACCAUUGCUUAUGAUCAUGGCCCGCAGUUCUGAAGAGUUUCAUGGACCGAACCGAAGCUUGAGUGGCGUUAUUGCCCGCUGGAUUUAUGAAACCUGGUUAUACCAGAUCGUCCUUUCAGUUGUAUUGGGUCUCCUAAUUGGUUGGGUAGCCCGAAAAUCUUUACGAUGGUGCGAGGAACGACAUAUGCUUGACGAAGAUAACUUUGUAGCAUAUGGCACCGGGCUCAGUUUCUUUUGUCUAGGAUUCUUAGGAAUCAUGGGAUCCGAUGACUUAUUGUGUUGUUUCAUUGCUGGAAACUCGUUUUCAUGGGAUGAUCGCCAACGUCUUGCCGCUGAAGACUCGGGUUUCCAGGACAUUAUUGACAUGCUGCUAAACGCAGGAAUCUUUAUGUACAUUGGGGCUAUUAUCCCUUGGUAUGCAUAUAAUGACCCGACCACCGGAAUCGUGCCAUGGCGAGUUGUAGUACUCGCCAUUUGUGUAUUAUUGUUCCGCCGGCUACCUUGGGUAGUUUCAAUCCCAUUUCGUCCCUCAACGAAGCCAUUUUCAUUGGAUGGUUUGGCCCCAUUGGAGGCAGGUAGCUGCACUCCGCUGUUUGAAUUGGGUUUGACCCUCGAGUUUUCAGUCUCUGCCAUUUUCUAUGUUCAGAUCGCACUCAAGUAUCUCCCCAAAGAGUCUCGAGACCAGGUUAAAAGGACUGUCGAGCCGGUUAUGGUAUUUAGUAGCAUCCUCGUCCAUGGCAUCACUGUGCCCGCAUCCAAACUCCUUAUGCACGGUGUAACGCUCACUCGGACGCUCACCCAAUCUGGUCUCCCCGGCUUGGAGAAACGCGAUCAUCGAGAUGGUCGGCCCGUUACUGUCGACGACAUUCGCCGCAUCGGAGUUCCCAUUCCACUCCCGGUAUAUCAUAGUGAGACGGGAAGACGGGUGUCCAGCACUUCUGUGCCCGAGUCAAUUGCGAUGGGCGACCGGGCACCUUCUGACCAAGAACGCGAAACGGGGGUCGAAGGCCGUACGGUAGUAUUCCAAACUCCCAGCGAGCCAACUGUGUAA